AUGUCGACGGUGUCGUCAUCGCCGCGCCUUUCGGCGCGCGCACGCGCGAUACUGACGACGCAUCACGAUCCGACGGCGACUCAUGAUGCCUUUGUGAUGAUGCAGCGCAUGUAUGGUGAUCGCCUUCCUGAUGUGAAAGCGCUGCCUGAGCGACUUUGGCAUGACGUGCAGCAGGAAGAGUAUGCGGCGACGGAUGCAUUUUGUGAUGCGCUUCAAGCCCUGGAUAACGAGCUUGCACGUAUGUGUGUGGUUACGCAAAGUGCUGAGGACGAGGCUCGUCAGGCGUUGAGCUGCACGGAGCAAGCUUUUGAUCGCGCCUGCGAUCUCUUAGAUCAUGCGCAUGCGCUGCAGGACCAGAUCAGGGCGGCCCAAAUGCACCAGCGCUUGGCUGAGCGCCUCCUAACGCGCUUUACCCUGACUUCUGAUGAGAUGGCCAUCGUGCAGGCGCCAGACGCAUCUGUGGACGACGCCUUCCUGGGUGUGAUGGACCGCCUGCAGACCAUACUGGACGAGUCGCUCCUCCUGAUGGAUGUGAGGGACGAAGACAGCGAAACGCCCGCAGGAUCCGCGCAGUCAUCUGCGCGCGCCGUGGAAGAUAUACGCGAGCGUGCAUCUUCUCUCCUGCAGACAUGCAUGCAGCGCCUCGCGCACUGGUGCUCGACGGUGCUCCGGAGUCUGCCGCUCGAAGGCGCCGAUGUGACGGCGGCCCUUCGUGAGGCCUUGCGCCGCCUCGCGACGCGAGAAGACCUAUUUCAUCCUACGAUGACAGCGCUCGCCGAGACGCGCGCAGCUCGGUGGCCCGAGGCCUUCCACAUGGCCCUGGUCGUGGGCGGUCCGCCGCCGAGCUACCUACCCCGUCCCAUUGAGCUCCAUGCACAUGAUGCCGUGCGCUACGUGUCGGAUAUGCUGGCAUGGGUGCACCAAGCCAUCGCGAGUGAGCGCGAGCUCGUUACCUCGCUCUUUGCGCCACUGGCCGCACCUGCCACCACACCCCUCGUCGCGAGUGCGCGGAGUGUUGAGCCGCCUGUGCUGGACGCCCUGAUCCACCGCAUGCUUGAUCGCAGCCUGGCUGGAUGCGGCCGACUACUGCGCAUGCGCGUCCAGCAGACGCUGCGCGCGGAGCAGCAAGCGCUCUGCCUCCUACGACUCUACUUUGUGCUGAGUUUCUACCGCGACACGCUGCGCCACACGCUCAACGAGACGUCAUCGCCGCUUUGCAAGACUGUGGACGAGCUGUACCACAUGGCCGAUGUGGCCUUCGUGCAUGCGCUGCAGCAGCUGCAUACACGGCUCGUUGUGCCGGAGCAGCCAGGACGUGACGUGUCGCCUGCGCUCGUCGAGGCGCGCGAGCGUCUCGAUGAUCUUCUGAAGGAGUGUGCCGACGACAAGCAAGAUGCGUCCAUCAUCUACGCGCGCAUCGCGCAGCAUCUCGUCGGCCCCAUGCACGGCAUGUGCAUGAAGACGGCGGACAAGAUCCGGCAGCAUCGCGAGGCGUCGUCGUGGUUCUCGCUCUUUGCCAGGCCUGAGAAAGCGGAUGAUCCCGAGUGGGACGCCGAUGUGUUUCUCGUGCAUGCGCUGGCCCCUCUCGCUGACACGCUAAGGAAGUACAGCGCGCUGGAAAGCCGGCACGAUGCCGUGCGACGCGACUGCGUCGCUGCCGCCGACCGCCUAAGUCAUCGACACUACGUGGCUCUGCACAAGGCGUCGGGCCUGGCGGAAGCAGAAAACGCGCCUCCAUCCACAUGGUCUACGUCAUUCCGGCCAGCCUGGCAUGCGUUUUGCGCAGCGCCGCAUCUCCUGUUUCCACCUGAGCGCCUGGCCUGCAUCCAGGAUGCGUCGUUGCGCAAUGCCAUGCAUCGUGCCGCGCUCUUGCGUCUCGUGCACACAUAUACCCGGCUGCGUGCUCAGCAUGCAUCCACCGACUUGCCCACGGCGCACGAGGUGGCCAUGGUCAUGGAUGUGAACGAGGCCGUCGAUGCGACGCCUAUAUCUCUGAUAGAGGCGGUCAUUUCAUAG